AAUUCCCAAUUCCCAUGCUGCUGCUGCCGGAAAUAUCUAAAAGACGCGCGAAGAAUGCAUGUCAUUUGCCUGCCGUAACACUUGAUUCAGAAUACGAACCAAAUCAUAUAAAUAUUUUGAGGAUAAUUGAAAGCCGUCUCAUGAUCGUACUGUAGUUCGCACUUACUCGGGUAACCUUGUACUUUUCAAGGGUGCUCAUCCCGGAUCUGGAGGAAGUUAGCAACGAAUCCACCAUGGUGUUGGCAGAGUACCUUCAGUGCGGCAUUUGUUUCGAGCCGUACACAGCCGACUCGCGGCUGCCCAAGUUUCUACAGUGCAGCGGUGGCAUCCAGCACACAUACUGUCUGCAAUGUCUGCGCCGGCUGACGGUCGGAGGCAUGAUCCGCUGUCCGUGCUGCGGUGACCUGACCUCGCUCGGAGACCGGCCGGCAGACUCACUCAAGAAUAACAUCUACCUACUGCCGCAGAUCGAGGCCGCCGCCGCCGCGCGGAAACAGAACGGGCUGGAGAUGUUUUGCCGCACGUGCUCGGCGGUGGCGGCCGACCAGUGCGGCGAGCACGACCUGCUGAAGAUGUCCGAGCUGCGCGAGGCGCUGCGUCAGCUGGCCGAGCGCGGCGCCGCCGACAUGGAGACGGUCCGCCAGCGGCGCGCCGACGCCGUGACCCUGUUCAAGGAGGCGCACACGGUGCUCGUCUCGGUGGCCGAGUCGGUCCGAUUCACCAUCGAGGAUUACGAGAUGAACGCGCAGCUGGACGACAACAUCGUGGGCGAGCUGGAGCGGCGCCGCGAGGCGGCCGACGCGCUGCCUUCCGACCAGCUGGUGGACAGCUACCGGUUCACCGAGCAGCACGUGGCCGACGCGCACGCGGCGCUGCGCGAGACGGCGCCGCUGGCCGAGCAGAGCGCCGCCCUGCUGGCGGCCAGCGUGGCGCUCUCGGCGCCCGGCCUCAGCCAGACGUUCGCCGUGGGCGAGUGGCUGCACAGCGGCGACCUGAUGAAGGCGCUGCUGGCCGCCAGCGUGGUGGUGUACGCCCUGGACCACGUCACCGCCGGGGAGCAGGAGGCGGGCGCCGCCGCCGAACAGUGCCACAAAGUCGGCGACACCAAACCGGCCGCCGAGACCAAGUCGUUCACCUAUACAAACGGACUAGUUGCCAAUUCUAACAGUAAACCCUCGGGUAAAUCUCUCCCUUCCGCUAACGGUAAAUCUGCAGACAAAUCGUCUAAGCCCAAUGAAAUUCCCGUAACGAAGGCGCCACUAACCGCGCCCGCUGUCAGAAUCUCGAGCAGCUCGUCGACCGCUAAUGGAACCGCCACCGCUAAGGCGAGCGACUCGGCAAAACUGGCUAAAGCCGCCUCGACCAACGAUAAAACGGCCGGAGCGGCGGCGGCCCCCGCAACGAAAACAGUUACCCCGAGCAACGGAAUGGUUGGCGGCGCGAAACUGUCAGCGGCCGCCAUCAAGGCUGCGACAUCCUCUACUGCCGCUGCCUCCAAACCUGCUACCGCCUCUGUCACCGCCGCCAAGCCCAAGCCGGCGCCCUCCUUUUCCUCGAUGGUGAAGAGCACGAGCCCGGCCGCGCCGGCGCCGGCGGCGGACGCGUCCCGGACGUCGGUUCAGCGCCCACUGCGUGGCACCAACCCGCGGUACAGCCUGCGCGUGACCGACGGCGCGGCCAUCACGGACGUGAUCGUGGAGCUGCGGCCCGACAUGGCGCCUAUCAUGUGCAAAAACUUUGUCACACUCUGUGAACGAGGGCUCCUGGAUAAUUCAAGGUUCCAUUUCGCGGUCCACUCUGAUUACCUGCUCGGCGGUCGGGUGGACGACGACGAGGGCUUCUCUCCGCUGGCCAAGGAGCCCGAGAAGUUCGUCAUGGCCGACCAGUGCCCGCUGCAAGACGAGAGCGGCGCCAUACGCAUGAAGGGCAUGGGCACUGUGACCGGCCCCAACGGCGAGAAGCGCGGCCUGAUCGGCUCCCAGUUUAUGAUGUGGGUCUCGGAGACCCGCGACUACAGACAGUACCAGUACACGCUCGUGUUCGGCUUCAUCCGCCAGGGCCUGGAGUUUGUGCGCGCCAUCACCUGUAUGGAGCGCGCCGCCAUUUGGCGCCACGCGCGCCUCCUCUCCACCAAACCGUACCGGCAGUAGAGCGCUCGGCCCGUUCCCCCAGUCGGAGGAGCGCUGGCGGCGGCCCUAACGCGCGCGCCACCUAACUGCCGCCGGGUGGGAGAGGGGAACGGGCCGGAGUCGGAGCGGUGUGCCGCGCGGCCGUGACGGGCGCUGGGCGCGCACCUCUAUUCAGGAGAACCAGAGGGAAGGGCGACCGGGACCGGAGUAACAACCCGGAGCUCUGCAGUAAUUGGCAUCCCAGGAGGAGAGAUCCCCUGGGACACCGAACUAAGGAGCAAUUCGGUGGAAUACGGAGCUAAUAAGUAAUGGGAAGGUAUGCUUGGCUAAGAAGUUUAUCUUUUGAAUGAAGAGCUAUCUGGGGUAAUUACGUGGAAUGUCCAAUGUCAAGUGAAAUACGGGGCUAUUGAAGGCCCCGUUGAACAGGGUAAUUGUAAGGUGAUUCCGUGGUUUGGGGAGGCUAUUCCGUGACAUUUGUGGUUGUUGGCUAUCCCUGACUGACGCCUUUUAGAUGAGCGGGCUAACCCGGCAUACCGAUGUAUCCUUGCAGUACAGCUCACACAUCAUUCUACUGUGGCAGCUAGUUAGAGGCCUUUUGUUUUGUAUUCUGUGUUGGGAGGUAGGUAGUUUCUUCGACAGGCCUUUGUUUUGUAUUCGGUGGUCGGAGGUAGUAAGAUUAGUUAAGUUAACAUUUAGGUGGCUUACCUUGCCAUGUGACGGGUGGAGCUUUGUUGGAAACACGCCAGAUAAGUUCCUGAAUUUUUCAGUUCGUUUCAUCUCGUCUACCGCACACAACCCUUGUAAUAUUAAUUCUUUUUUUUCUUUCGAACAUGUCUUUCGUUUACGAACAUCCAUUACGAGUCAUUGUAUAUGACAAGGGAUCUUGGCUGUGCCCUGGACCAAUCAGGGACUUUAAGUUGGCGUGAAAACGCUCCAGUUAAAUGUUUCGGAUACCUACGGCUGGGUGAGACUCGUAUUGUGCUGCCCGAAUAAUUAUAAAUUGUCUUCCAAAAGUCCCAACUAACAAGCAGCCCAGGUAGAAUUUUUUAGUAACGUGGUGUUCUUCUUUCGUGUGCUUUUUCGCGGUAGUGGCGGUAUGUUUAGCAGGGGCAUCGAUAGGAUAAUAGUUACGCCCGGCUCAUCGCUGUGAAGGUACACGCGAGGCGGUGUGUAGUUGAAAUGUAGCACCGGCCACCAACAGCUGCUGAGUUCGUGACGAAUAUGUCAAGUGAAGUGAAUUGCUUUGAAGAACUCAUUACACUGUGACGCUACGAAUCCAGCCUUUCAGUUUUCGUACAGUUUGUGCGUGUUGUGUCGAUGUAUCUGUGUUCUGUUUUUGACUCAAUUAUUUGCCUGGCUCGUCCAGAUAGUGUCAUGGCUUUGGAUGUGUCACAGCGGGCAGACCGAUAUCCGCGUUACUGUCGCGUAAAAUAAGGAUUCUGAUACUGUUUGUCAGCCCGUGUACCGUAGUGAGCGUUCCUUUUUAUUCUAGAUGUAAAUAUAUUCAAUAUAUUCAUCCCUUGCUACAAA